AUGCCCGACGGGACACCCCUGUAUCAACGCCAGCUACAACUCCUCCGCGCCAUCUUCCCGGAGCCGCAGACGAUAUACAUCUCUUUGGCGCCCGAGUCUGAGACGGACGAGUGUCUGGAUGGUUUGCUCUCGGCUGAAUCGGACGAAACCUGUGAAAAUGGGGACUCGCCCAAAGAGCCGAGAGUGAAGAUCUUGCGCGACGAACCGCCAGCGGAGAAGCCUCGAUAUGCAGCCGGACCGGCCGCCGGCCUCCUUUCGGCGUACCGCUACGACCCGUGGGCUAACUGGGUCGUGGUCACCUGCGAAUACCCUCUCCUCCCACCCGACGCCAUUUAUCAUCUCAUGUACAAGCGCGAUUCUGUGCCGGUCACCUGCUACCAGUCGAUGGAUGGAAGUUGCGAGCCGUUGCUGGCGAUCUGGGCACCGGCAGCGAUGUCGCGGCUGGCGGAGAGGGUAGCUCGGGGACACCCAUGUCCCUCCGAAGCGGCGAGAGAGUUCGACGCCUUGAUGUUGGAACCGCCAACUGGUAGCGAGUGGUGGCUGACAGACGUCGAUACCGUGGAGGAGUUGUUGACCAGCGUGAGGGAGAUGAAGCUUGGGUCUCCUGAGCUUGUCGCCGUGCAGGCGCCGACGGAGAAAGCCUGA